AUGAAAUUCGCAGUUCUUGCCUCUCUUCUUGCUUCGGCUGCUGCCUUUGCCCCUGCCCAACAAGGCACUUCCUCAACGGCCCUCAAGGCCUCCCCUUGGGACUCGAAGCUUGGUGUCCAGGCUCCUCUCGGAUUUUUUGACCCCCUAGGAAUGCUCAAGGAUGCCCCCGAAGAAUAUUUCGAGGAAUUGCGUGCCAAGGAGCUCAAACACGGCCGUAUUGCUCAGUUAGCUUUCUUGGGUAACAUUGUUGUUCUCAGUGGAGCCCGAUUCCCCGGCUCAUUGUCGUAUGAUGGAACUAAAUUUGCCGACUUGCCAAGCCACGGUAUUGAGGCCAUUCAAGCGGUCCCCCAUGCCGGUUUGGUUCAAAUUUUCAUGUUUAUCGCGGCUGUGGAGAUUGGAAGUUCUACGUUGAAAGGAGACUUCAAGGGCGACUUUACUGCUGUCAAUUCCGAUUGGUCGGACAGGUGGGCCAAACUCUCUCCGGACACCAAGCAGAAGAAGAUGCAGAUUGAGCUCAACAACGGUCGGGCAGCCAUGAUGGGAAUCUGGGGACUUGUUACCCACGAACUGAUUGGAAACCUUGACUCUAUGCCUAUCAUCUCGGGUGGCGGCGCCCCAUCCUUGCCAUCCGUAUCCUUGCCAUUUUAA